AUAAGCAUUUGAAGAUGACAACCUCGUGGAGCGACCGACUCCAGAAUGCAGCCGAUCUCCCUGCAAACAUGGAUGGGCAUGCUCUGAAAAAGUACCGUCGGGAAGCCUAUCACCGGGUCUUUGUAAACAGAAGUUUAGCCAUGGAAAAGAUAAAGUGCUUUGGUUUUGAUAUGGAUUAUACACUUGCUGUGUAUAAAUCCCCCGAAUACGAAUCUCUUGGAUUUGACCUGACCGUAGAAAGAUUAGUUUCCAUUGGAUACCCUCAUGAGCUGCUCAAUUUUGUGUAUGAUCCUGCAUUCCCUACCAGAGGCCUGGUGUUUGAUACCCACUAUGGAAACCUGUUGAAAGUUGAUGCCUAUGGGAACCUCCUGGUGUGUGCACAUGGCUUUAAUUUCCUCAGAGGGCCUGAAACACGGGAUCAGUAUCCAAAUAAAUUUAUCCAGAGGGAUGACACAGAUAGGUUUUACAUUCUGAACACGUUAUUCAAUCUACCAGAGACCUACCUGCUGGCUUGCUUAGUGGAUUUCUUUACUAACUGUGACCGGUACACUAGCUGUGAAACAGGGUUUAAAGAUGGAGACCUCUUCAUGUCCUUCAGGAGUAUGUUCCAGGAUGUCAGAGAUGCUGUUGACUGGGUUCAUUACAAGGGAUCGCUCAAGGAAAAGACCCUUGAGAAUCUGGAAAAGUACGUGGUGAAAGAUGGGAAGCUGCCGCUGUUGCUCAGCCGCAUGAAUGAAGUUGGGAAGGUGUUUCUCGUCACCAACAGCGACUAUAAAUACACAGACAAAAUUAUGACUUACUUGUUUGACUUUCCACAUGGACCAAAGCCCGGGAGUGCCCAUCGGCCGUGGCAGUCCUACUUCGACCUGAUCCUGGUGGAUGCGCGGAAACCCCUCUUUUUUGGGGAAGGCACGGUGCUGCGGCAGGUGGACACGGUGACCGGGAAGCUGAAGAUCGGUACCUACACUGGCCCGCUGCAGCACGGCAUCGUGUACUCGGGAGGCUCUUCAGACACCGUCUGUGACCUGCUGGGAGCCAAGGGGAAGGAUAUCUUGUACAUCGGAGACCAUAUCUUUGGAGACAUCCUCAAAUCCAAGAAGCGCCAGGGCUGGAGGACCUUCCUGGUGAUCCCCGAGCUGGCGCAGGAGCUGCACGUCUGGACGGACAAAAGCGCCCUUUUUGAAGAGCUGCAGAGUCUGGACAUUUUCCUGGCCGAGCUAUACAAGCAUCUGGACAGUAGCAGCAAUGAACGCCCUGACAUCAGCUCCAUCCAGAGACGCAUUAAGAAAGUGACCCACGACAUGGACAUGUGCUACGGGAUGAUGGGGAGCCUCUUCCGCAGCGGCUCCCGGCAGACCCUGUUUGCCAGCCAGGUGAUGCGCUACGCCGAUCUCUAUGCAGCCUCCUUCAUCAACCUCCUCUACUACCCCUUCAGCUACCUCUUCAGAGCCGCCCACGUCCUGAUGCCGCACGAGUCCACGGUGGAGCACACGCACGUCGACAUCAACGAGAAGGAGUCACCGAUGGCCACGCGCAAUCGCACCUCGGUGGAUUUUAAAGAUUCUGACUACAAGCGGCAUCAACUGACCCGCUCCAUCAGCGAGAUCAAACCGCCCAACCUCUUCCCCCAGGCACCUCAGGAAAUCACACACUGCCACGAUGAAGAUGACGACGAGGAAGAGGAGGAGGAAGAGGAGGAGGAGGAGGAGGAGGAAUAAGGAGGAAAAAGCGAAGCAUCUCUGAAGCCAAACCGUGACUCUGGCAGUGAUCAGGAGCGGAUUCCUUUGUUGGGGCCCUUGGGGUGAUGGGUUGGGGGGUGUGAUUCUCGCAAAGGCACAUUUUGAAAGUGUCUGGAAACUUUUAACAAAUUAACACUAAUUAGGAGGAGACCCUUGUUUUCAGUUUUGCAGACGGUUCAAAAAGCGGAUGGAUUCUGCCUGGGUGGUGCAUUCAGAUCGGACUGCCCGCCUGCGCUGUCGUGCUGCUCCCAUUACAUUUAGGGAUGCUGCAUGUUUCUCCCUUUCCCCUGGCGUGUUCCAUUGGAUUUUCAUUUGAACGGUGUCCCAUGAACGGUUUUUGCCAUUUGUUACAUUGGCUGUGGCAGGAAGGGAUGUGCUGGGCCAUGCAGGAGACAAAACCAUCCCAGUCCUCAUGCCUGUUGGGUUGCUGCCCUUCACCUUCUGCAUCUGGGUUAGAAGCUGCUCCCUCCCCAUGUUCGCCACGGUGUUGCUGUGGCUCCGGCGCUCGGUGUACCCUCUGCUCGGCCCGAGUUUCUCUCUGCAAGCAGUUCGAUCCCUCCGGCUGUCGCGGAUGGCGGUGGGAUUCCAGCUCUUGCGUAGCUGCAGCUGUACGCGUUUCGGCUUGUAGGCGCCUGUCGUCCCCUCCCGGUGUUUCAGAGCUCUCCUUCAUCGUCGGCAUGCGAUGCAUGAUUUCCAACGCGCUUCUCCGGCAGCUGAGCCGCACGCUGUGCUCUCGGCUCCUGCAGUUUCCGCAGUAAAUAUUAACCCAGGAGCUUGGAGCUGCUGCUUCAGCAUUACGUUAGUUGGUUUGUCCCCCCGCUGCCUGUUCCUGACUUUUCUGUCUGCUCCGCUUUAAGAAAGGGGAGCAUCCCAGAGCCAAACCAGCCACCUCCUGGAGCGAAAGGGCCUGCGAUUCCGGGGUGCUGCAGGCCACGUGUGUCUGCCCUGGCCGUACCACGAGGCCAGUGCCGCGGUGGGAGUCGGGGAACUCCCGUCCGGCUGGCAGCUGCCGCGGAGCCGCGGGCGGGUUGCGGUGGGCAAGGCUGCAUCCCUGGCCAAGGAGGGUGAUGGCUGUGGGCUGCUGCGCCGGGACCAGGGGUG